AUGAUGGACUCUUUCGUCGACGACAAGGCGCUGGUCCUAUCCUCCUCCAACUCGGCGUGGAAUUUCUGGAGUACGCUGGUCAUUCAAGCGAGUCGAGAGCAGGCGUGUGUCCGUUACAGCCUGGUCGCCUUAAGCAGUCUCCACGAGUCGAUCGAGCUCACAAAACGCGCGCCGUGGCAGAACCACACGUUUACCCUGUACUAUACCAAAGCCAUCACCGAGAUCAAUCAAAGUCAAAAUUCUCUCCCGUUAGAUAUCAUUCUCAUCUCCUGUCUGCUCUUCGCGCACUGCGACUUCUUGAUGGGCGCGUCUGCUGCCGGGCUCACCCACCUCAAAUCCGGCCAUCGAAUCAUCAAGGAGACCCGCAAGAGACAGAUCGAAAUAUCACCCGAGGUAGCUGACUUGGUCGAACCCAUCAUGCACGGGUUUCUGGCAAAGACAGAGGCAUAUGCACUGCGCGAGCAAGCUACCGAACCGUCCACUGCAGGCCCGGUCACGACGGCUGCGACAUAUUCUCUCCCAGACAUGCCCGAGAAAUUCGAAGACCUGGCGCACGCGAAUAAACAUCUCCAACAAGCAGUCUACCUGGUCCUCCUGCUUGAGCGCGGUAAACCCCACCACUCGACACCCAUGGUCCCAGGUGUCCGCAAAUACGUCGCCGAAUGGUCGAAGGCGUUCGGGCGCUGGAGAGCCGAGGCCAGUCUCGACCGAGAUGAUCCCAUACUGAAAGACUGGCAGCUGUUGCUCCUGGCCCAUCACCGCAUGGCGUUUCUCGUCAUGAAAACCUUUCCGCCCGAAAAUGACAACGCCUAUAUCCGUGCUGCCGCGGAUUUUCGGAUCAUGUUCGCGCAACUGCGCACAUUCUUGCGUAGCGGACACACUACAAUGGAUAAGAGCAGGGACAGCGACAUUGUGUUGAAGGCACACUUGGGAUUCAUCUCGCCAUUGUACUUCAUCGCCACAACGUGUCGAGUCCGCGACGUUCGACGGAACGCGCUUGAAGCUUUACAGGAACUGAAAGUGGUAGAAGCCCAUUGGAACAGCUGCGUUGCAUAUGCUGUGGCCAAAACGGUGGUUGAGAUAGAGGAAUCAUGUAGCCAGAGCUCUAUGAAAGUGCAACGAAUCAAAGUCGACAGCGUCGAUCGAUGCAAGGACGGCACACUUGAGAUCCGAUACCACCAAAUCCCCGGGAACGGCAAUCACGGCGACACUGUGACUAGGAGGAUAACUGAGCCUUGCUGUCAUCACGAAGCAACGAUGACGUGGCCCCUGGUGCGCAUCGUUCAGCUCCACGGAUUCCAGGCGACGGUAAAGCCUCACAAACUCAACUGUUCAUGUGAGCAUACGCUGCCAACGUGA